UGGGCAGGGCCAGGAGGAGAGGCUCCAAGGAACCAGGUUGAAGGGACAGGAAAUACCACCAUUCUGUGUUGGACUUGGGGAAUGGCGUGUUCCCGGACUGCAUGAGGAAGACCCGGCGGGUCCUCGGGACCUGAAACCUCCCGGAGCCGCAGUCUCCGCGCGGGCGGCCUGGGAAAGUCACAGUCACAGCGCAGUGGCGGGAACCGCAGCCCGGCGGCCCUGGAACCUCCCAGGGCAACAAACCAUUUGUUCAUUGUUCCUGAAAGAAAAACUCAAAGAAGAGAAAUGGCUGAUUCUCCAGUAAACAUGUCCCAGGAUCUGCUGGGUCUGCUGACAUUCAAGGAUGUGACUGUGAACUUCUCCCAGGAGGAGUGGGAAUGCCUAGACUCUGCUCAGAGGGCUUUGUACAUUGAUGUGAUGUUGGAGAAUUACGGCAACCUGCUCUCUGUGGGGAACUAUUAUAUAUGUGAUCCUGUCUAUCAACAUGUGAAGACUGAAAAGGAGUCUUGUCAGUAUAAUGAGUAUAGCAAAGUGUUUCAUGACCCCUGCACGUGUGCACUUUAUAGAUCAAGUGAAACUAUAGAAAACACUAAUAACUACACAUGCAGUAAUCCCAGGGAUGUCUGUGUUGACUCAUCAAACACAGAUCGACAUGAAAGCAUGCACACUGGAAAAGAGCCUUCCAAAUCUAAAGAUUGUGAGAAAUCAUUAAAUUUGUGUUCCAGCAUUACUCAAGAUCAGAGACUGUACACUGCAAAGACACAACACAGGCAGGGAGAAUAUGAUGCCUUUUUUGACUCUGCAUACAGUCUUUUGCAACAAAAAUUCUCCAUUGGAGAGAAACCACACCAGUGUGGGAAAUGUGGGAAGUACUUCAGUGCUGCCUCAAGCCUCACUAGACAUCAGAGAAUUCAUACUGGAGAGAAACCUUACAAAUGUGGAGAAUGUGACAAAUCCUUCAGCCAACGUUCAAAUCUUAGAGCACAUCAGAAAAUCCAUACUGGAGACAGACCUUACAAAUGUAUGGAAUGUGACAAAUCCUUCACCCAUAACUCGUAUCUUCUGACACAUCAGAGAGUUCAUACUGGAGAGAGACCUUACAGUUGUAAGGAAUGUGACAAAUCUUUUAUUAGGUGCUCCUACCUCAGAGCACAUCAGAAAAUUCAUACUGGAGAGAAACUUCACAAAUGUGAAGACUGUGAUAUGUCCUUUCUCCGGAUUUCAAGUCUUAAAAGACAUCAGAAAAUUCAUACAGGAGAGAAACCCUUCAAAUGCAAAGAUUGUGACAUGGCCUUUCUCCGGAUAUCUCUUCUUAGAAUACAUCAGAAAAUUCAUACUGGAGAGAAACCUUACAAAUGUCUGGAAUGUGACAUAUCCUUUAAAUGGAUUUCAAAUUUUAGACGACAUCAGAAACGUCAUACUGGAGAGAAACCUUACAACUAUCUGGAAUGUGACAAGUCCUUUACCCAUUUGUAAAAUCUUAGAACACAUCAGAGAGCUCAUACUGUAGAGAGCCCUUACAGUUGUAAUUUUUCACUAUUCUCUGCUUAUAAAUCCCAGUAGCAUACAUAAUAUGCUACAGGAUAACCUUGUAUGUACUGUGAAGAUGUGUGUUUUCAAAAGAACCUUCUGAUCGGUUUAAUAAAAAGCUGAAUGACCAAUAACUAGGCAAGAGAGAAUAGGAAGAACUUAUGAGGAGAGAGAGCAACUUGGGAUAUAUCUGGUGUGGCAGGAGAUGCCAGCAAGACAUGAGAAUAGUCAGUUGUACAGAAUGGAGAAGUAAAGAACCACUUGACAAAAUGUAGGUUAGUAGAAACAAUUUUUAAGAGCAAGUUAGGAACAAGCCUAAGCUAAAGGCCAAUCUUUCAUAAUUAAUAACAAG